AUGGCCCCCCACGCAAACUCGGAUGUUGCUGCCAAUGGCGCCGUGAACGGGUCCGCCCAAGCUGCUCGCGCCCCUCUGUUUACCGUCAACUCGCCCAACGUCGAGUAUACUGACGCGGAAAUCAAGAGCACCUAUGCUUAUCAUACCACUGAUGUUACCCGUAACGCGGAUGGUAAGCUUGUUGCUACCCCCAAGGCCGCCACCUAUCAGUUCAAGGUCGAGCGCAAGGUCGGCAAGGUCGGUCUGAUGAUGGUCGGUUGGGGUGGAAACAACGGUUCCACCGUGACUGCUGGUAUCAUCGCCAAUCGCAGGAAUCUCACCUGGGAGACCAAGGAAGGUCCUCGUGCUGCCAACUACUACGGUUCCCUUGUCAUGAGCUCCACCAUCAAGCUUGGUACUGACUGCAAGACCGGCGAGGAAAUCAACAUUCCCUUCAAUGACAUGCUUCCCAUGGUCCACCCCAAUGAUCUUGUCAUCGGCGGUUGGGACAUUAGCAGCCUGAACCUUGCUGAGUCCAUGGACCGUGCCCAGGUUCUUGAGCCCACGCUCAAGCAGCUUGUCCGCAAGGAGAUGGCUGAGUUGAAGCCCUUGCCUAGCGUCUACUACCCUGACUUCAUUGCUGCCAACCAGGAGGACCGUGCCGACAACGUCCUUGAGGGUACUGAGGCUUCCUGGGCCCACGUUGAGAAGAUCCAAGCGGACAUUCGCGACUUCAAGGCCCAGAAUAGUCUCGACAAGGUCAUCGUCAUGUGGACUGCCAACACUGAGCGUUAUGCAGACAUCCUGCCUGGCGUCAAUGAUACUGCUGAUAACCUGAUCAACGCUAUCAAGUCUGGUCACUCCGAGGUGUCUCCUUCGACUGUCUUCGCUGUUGCCUGCAUCUUGGAGAACACUCCCUUCAUCAACGGAUCUCCUCAGAAUACCUUUGUUCCUGGCGCGAUUGCUUUGGCUGAGAAGCACAAUGCCUUUAUCGGUGGUGACGACUUCAAGUCCGGCCAGACCAAGAUGAAGUCCGCCCUCGUUGAUUUCUUGAUCAACGCCGGUAUCAAGCUCACUUCCAUCGCUAGCUACAACCACCUCGGCAACAACGAUGGCAAGAACUUGAGCUCUCAGAAGCAAUUCCGCUCCAAGGAGAUUUCCAAGUCCAACGUGGUCGACGACAUGGUCGCCGCCAACCACAUUCUGUACAAGAAGGAUGAGCACCCUGACCACUGUGUUGUGAUCAAGUACAUGCCCGCAGUUGGCGACAACAAGCGCGCUCUUGAUGAGUACUACGCUGAGAUCUUCAUGGGUGGCCACCAGACUAUCAGCUUGUUCAACAUCUGCGAGGACUCGCUGCUUGCCUCUCCGCUGAUCAUCGACUUGGUUGUUCUUGCCGAGAUGAUGACCCGUAUCAGCUGGAAGGCCGAUGAUGCCGCCGAGUACAAGGGAUUCCACAGCGUUCUCAGCGUUCUGAGCUACAUGCUCAAGGCUCCCUUGACCCCUCCCGGCACCCCCGUCGUCAACUCUCUUGCUAAGCAGCGCAGCGCCGUGACCAACAUCUUCCGCGCCUGCGUCGGUUUGCAGCCUGAGUCGGACAUGACCCUUGAGCACAAACUGUUCUAG